AUGUGCUCGGCGGGGAGGCGCUGGGGCCGGCGGCAGCGAGUCCUGCUCUGGGGCAUCUUGCUGGCGGCCUGGGAGGCGGCGUGGGGGCAGCUGCGCUACUCGGUGCCCGAGGAGAUGCCCAAGGGCUCGUUCGUGGGCGAUGUGGCCAAGGACCUGGGGCUGCAGAUAUCGGAACUCCAAGACAGCGGCGUCCGUGUUGUCUCUGUCGGUAGGACACAGUAUUUCGCUCUGCACGGGAAGACGGGACAUUUAGUGAUUGCCGAGAGGAUCGACAGAGAGCAGCUGUGCGAGAGUGUGGAGCAAUGCGUGCUGCGCUGUGAGCUGAUAGUGGAGGGGGAAAUGAAGGUUUAUGAAAUAGAAGUGGAAAUCAUGGACAUUAACGACAACACCCCCAGCUUCAAAGAAAUUGAUCUCGAAGAGAGAAUGAGCGAGACAACAGCCCCGGGGUCGCGGUUUCCCCUGGCCGAGGCUCAUGACCCGGACUUGGGACGGAAUUCCCUGCAGAGCUACGAGCUAAGCGGCGACGAGCACUUCUCUCUGGCCGUGCAGACGGGCCCCGGCGGGGAUCAGCGUCCCGAGCUGGUGCUGGCGAAGGCGCUGGACCGGGAGCAGGCGGCGUUCCACGAGCUGGUGCUGAGGGCGAGCGACGGCGGCGAUCCGGCCCGGACGGGCACGGCGCGGAUCCGCGUGAUGGUGCUGGACGCGAACGACAAUGCGCCCGUGUUCAGCCAGGCGGAGUACACGGUGCGUGUGCCGGAGGACGUGCCCGUGGGCUCCGUCCUCGUCACUGUCACGGCCACCGACGCCGAUGAGGGUAUGAAUGGGUACGUCAAAUACUCGCUGAAGAAAAUAACAGAAAAAGCAACAAAGAUUUUCCAUCUCGACUCUGAGAUGGGAGCGAUCACGUUAGUGCAGAGCCUUGAUUAUGAAGAAGGCGAUUCAUAUGAACUGGAGGUGCAGGCACGGGACGGAGGAGAACUUUUCGACACGGUGAAAGUUACGAUUGCCGUGACAGACAUAAACGAUAAUGUGCCCGAGAUUUCGGUGAGGUCGGCACUAAGUGAGAUUUCUGAGGACGCCCCGACGGGGACGGUGGUUGCCCUGCUGCACGUGCACGACCGCGACUCCAAGGCCAAUGGCGAGGUGCGCUGCUCCCUUGACGGGGAUGUCCCGUUCCACCUGGAGAAGUCCUUCGAGGACUACUACCGCGUGGUGACAGCGAGAGAGCUGGACCGGGAGCAGCAGUCGGAGUACAACGUGACGGUGCGGGCGGCCGACGGCGGGUGGCCGGCGCUGCAGAGCAGCACGGUGCUGGCGCUGCGGGUGCUGGACGUGAACGACAACGCGCCGGUGUUCGCGCAGGAGCGCUACAGCGCGCGGCUGCGGGAGAACAACGCGGCGGGCGCGCUGGUGCUGGUGGUGCGGGCGACGGACGCCGACUGGGGUGGGAACGCGCGCGUGCGGUACCGGCUGGCGGAGGGGCGGGUGCGGGGCGCGCCGCUGUCGUCGUACGUGUCGGUGCAGGCGGAGACGGGCGCGCUGUACGCGCUGCGCUCGUUCGACUACGAGCAGGUGCGCGAGGUGGGGCUGUGGGUGCGGGCGGAGGACGGCGGCUCGCCGGCGCUGAGCAGCAACGUGUCGGUGCGGCUGCUGAUCGUGGACGAGAACGACAACGCGCCGCAGGUGCUGUACCCGCCGGCGGCGGGGCCGGGCGCGGGCUUGGGGGCGGGGGCGGGCUCGGGCUGGGCGGGCGUGGAGCUGGCGCCGCGCUCGGGCGAGCCCGGCGCGCUGGUGGCCAAGGUGGUGGCGGUGGACGCGGACGCGGGGCAGAACGCGUGGCUGUCGUACGAGCUGGCCAAGGCCACGGAGCCGGGGCUGUUCCGCGUGGGGCUGCACAGCGGCGAGGUGCGCACGGCGCGCUCGCCGCUGGCCCGCGACGCGGCGCGCCACAGCCUGCUGGUGCUGGUCAAGGACCACGGCCGGCCGGCGCUGUCGGCCACGGCCACGCUCAGCCUGGUGCUGGCCGACAGCGUGGCCGAGCUGCUGGCCGAGCUGGGCAGCGCGGCGCACGCAGAGGCGGCGCCGGCCGAGCCGGCCGCCAGCCUGACGCGCUGGCUCGUGCUGGCCGUGGCCGCCGUCUCCUGCCUCUUCCUCGCCUUCCUGCUGCUGCUGCUGGCGCUGCGCCUGAGGCGCUGGCGCCGCUCGCAGCAGCAGCAGCAGCUGCUGGCCACGGCCGGCGCCGCCUUGCGCGGCGUGCCUGCCACGCACUUCGUGGGCAUCGACGGCGUCCGCGCCUUCCUGCACUCCUACUCGCACGACGUGUCUCUCACGGCCGACUCGCGCAAGAGCCACCUGCGCUUCUCGGCCGCCAGCUGCUGCGACACCCUGCCGGCCCGCCCGCCGCCCGACGAGCCCGCGCCGCUGCUCGGCGACGAGGAACCUGCCGGUGCCUCCCCCGCCGACCCCGCUGCUCCCCCGUUGUCGGGCACAGAGGGAAACUUUGCAUUAAGAAUAAUAGACUCACAUAUCUUCCAAGGAAUUACGGUGCUGGAGAAGGAGGAUGCUGCCUCUGAGUGA